AUGACGAAGAACCCGGUUAACCAUGGUCGCGCGAAGCAUAUUGACAUCAAGUAUCACCACAUUCGUGAUGAGGUCAAGCGCGGUGAAGUCAAGCUCGAGUACUGCGAAACUGCGGUGAUGUUAGCGGACAUCAUGACCAAGGGACUUCACGGACCACGUCAAAAGGAGCUGACGGCAGCAUUAGGCAUUUAUGCGUGUUCGUAUAGAGGGGGCGUGUUGACGGUCAUCGGUUCCACCAAGAUUGGGUAA